AUGGCCGACGAUAGUUAUUCGCACGAGGAGGACAAUAACGAAGAGGAGGAGCUUGACCAGACCAGCUUCAAAUCAGUCAAAGAUGCCGUGCUUUUUGCCAUAGACAUUAGCAACUCAAUGCUGACUCCCCGUCCAUCGCCUGACCCUCAGAAACAUAGGGAUGAAUCGCCUGCCUCUGCAGCUUUGAAGUGUGCAUACCAUUUGAUGCAACAGCGCAUCAUCUCCAACCCUCAUGAUAUGAUUGGCGUCUUGCUUUAUGGAACUAAAUCAUCCAAGUUCUAUGAUGAAAGCGAGGAAAGCCGGGGAGAUCUCUCAUAUCCCCACUGUUAUCUGUACACCGAUCUUGAUAUCCCGUCAGCCCUGGAAGUCAAGCAACUACGAUCCUUGGCAUCUCCAGAAGAUGGCGAUAGUGAAGUACAUCAGGUCUUGCAAGCAUCAGAAGAGCCGGUCUCGAUGGCAAAUGUGCUUUUUUGUGCGAAUCAAAUUUUUACGUCCAAGGCUCCGAACUUCCUGUCUCGACGACUGUUUGUCGUGACCGAUAACGAUAAUCCCCACGCAGACAACAAAGCAUUACGGUCCGCGGCAACUGUUCGAGCAAGAGAUCUGUAUGAUCUCGGUGUCAAUAUCGAGCUGUUCCCCAUCUCUCAACCAGAUCACGAAUUCGACACCUCCAAAUUUUAUGACGCAAGUUACCAGUCUUCCAGCGAUGUAAAGGAUCUUACUGACGAUCAACAGGACAUCAUCUACAAGACUUCGCCUAGUGAUGGAGACGCCCCGGCAUACCUAAGACCGGACACCAACACAGCGACAGCUAAAGGCGACGGGCUCUCAUUACUUAACUCUCUACUGUCUAGCAUCAACUCAAGAUCUGUCCCUCGCCGGUCGUUAUUUUCCAAUGUGCCACUUGAAAUCGGACCCGGCUUUAAGAUAUCCGUCAAUGGCUAUCUGCUCCUCAAAAAGCAAGAACCCUCCCGGAGUUGCUUCGUCUGGCAAGGAGGCGAGACCCCGCAAAUUGCCAAAGGCGUCACAACCCUAACCUCCGAUGACACAGCGCAGGCGGUUGAAAAAACUGUUAUCCGCAAGGCAUACAAAUUUGGUGGCGAACAAGUGUCUUUUACCGCCGAGGAACAACAGGCUCUGAGAAACUUCGGUGACCCUGUCAUCCGUAUCAUUGGCUUUAAGCCACUAUCCGCGCUCCCGAUUUGGGCUAAUGUCAAACAUCCGUCGUUUAUCUAUCCCUCUGAAGAAGAUUAUAUCGGCUCGACACGGGUCUUUUCUGCAUUGCACCAGAAGCUCCUCGAUUCUGAGAAACUUGCAUUGGUUUGGUUCAUCCCCCGCAAGAACGGCUCCCCGGCCUUAGCUGCUAUGGUCGCCGGGGCCGAGAAGGUUGACGACAAUGGCGUGCAAAAGUAUCCACCUGGCAUGUGGAUCAUACCUCUUCCCUUCGCGGAUGACGUGCGUCAGAACCCAGAGAGCACUGUUCAGCGGGCCGCAGACCACGUGAAUGAUGCCAUGCGGGACGUGAUUCGACAGCUGCAGCUUCCAAAAGCUAUUUAUGAGCCUUCAAAAUAUCCAAACCCUUCACUCCAAUGGCAUUAUCGUAUCUUGCAAGCUAUUGCUUUGGAUGAAGAUGCCCCAGAAGCACCGGAGGACAAGACUGUGCCCAAAUACCGACAAAUCCACAAGCGCUCUGGCGAUUACAUUCUCAAAUGGGCAGAUGAACUGAAAUUGCAGGCCAACAAUAUGUUUGGCGGGAGGGACACCACUUCCACGCUAGUAAAGCGAGGGGCAAAGGCCGAGCCUGCGGCAGCCCACCCAUCGAAACGUGCGAAGGUCGAGGGCGGCACCUCUGUGGUAGAAGCAGAAAUGAGGAGAUUCUACGAGCAAGGCACCAUUUCGAAGCUUACUUUGCCCGUACUGAAGGAGUUCUUGCAUAUGCAUGGCCGUGCCAACGCGGGAAGGAAGGCGGAUCUCGUAGACCGAGUCGAGCAGUACUUCGAGCAAAAGUUCUGA